GAGAGAGAGAGAGAGAGAGAGAGAGAGAGAGAGAGAGAGAGAGAGAGAGAGAGAGUGUGAGAGAGGAAGUAUGUAUUUGGAAGAUGUGCCAGUGAUAACCCACUGCUCUGUGGUCAACUAUCUAACUGAUGGGGAAGACUGAGCCGCUGUGUGUGUAAACAGUGAUCAUCAAGGACCAUGGCAUACAGUGCCAACAUUUGCCAAACGGACUCGGAUUCCGAGUCUGACUUUGAGAACAUGGGAGAAAGUGAACUUGCUCAGGAGUCGUUCCAGCUUGUUGGAAAGCCAGCAGCCGGCACCCAGAGGUGUCCUGUAUCCCUACAGAUGGACGUUAUUCGAGAAUGCACAGGUGCAAAUGGAGAAAAUCCGCCAUUUACUGCUAGCUGCCACACGAGAGACGAGCCACGUCACAGGGGGCAGGUGCACUCUCUGCAGAGGCAUCGCUGGUCAGCUGCUACCUUAAAGGUCCUCUCCUCAAUGCCCAGUCACACUGCUGGGAUGAAUAGCGCUGCAGUAAUUCCCGAGCGUGCCAUAGUCUCACGGCACCAGACCUCCUCCCAUGAUUCUUCUCACACCUCCAGACUAAUCCAGGAAGACUUUGGCCAGACAGAUAUGGAGGAAAAUGGAACCGGAGAAAACAAGAAGGAGCAGUUGGUGUCUGACCUCCGAGGCCUCUCUGUGAGCGAGGCCAUGUGCAAGCUGCGAGCCACGCCGCUCAGCCUGACGGAUAAGAUGAAAGUCAGGCGACUUGCCUUCAGUGAUAGAGCUGAGAGUUCACUCCUCAGCAGAAACGUCCCAUGCUACAGUCGUCUCAGCAUGUACAUGUUGAGGACUUGGCGCCAGUUCCUUUUCAACUGCCUCCUUAUCCUCACUUCGCUCCAGUUGUGGCAUUCACCCAUGAAGAGACUGAGCGGACGCUUUGGAACCGGGGUGCUUUCCUACUUCCUGUUCCUCCGGACCCUCCUGCUCUUUAACCUCCUCCUCUUCACCAUCAACGGCCUGUUCCUGGUCUUCCCGCAAGCCGUCAACCCUCCUCCUCAUGACUCUCAUCUCAACAGUUUCACUGGCCUUGAGCUUCUCACAGGGACGGGAUACCUCUCUCAGAGUGUGAUGUUUUACGGCUACUACACCAACACCAUCCUCAAAACUUGUCGGGCUGCUAACUCCACUGAUGAAACAUUUGACCUGCCAGUCUGUGAUUCCGACAAGCCCCAGAUAGUUCCAUACAGCAUACCUGCAGCCUAUUUCUUUACCAUCGGCAUCGCCUUCUUCAUUAUGUGCAUCAUCCUCGUGUACAGCAUAUCCAAGUCUUUCGGGAGAAGUUUACAAGUCCUCAAGUCCAAUGGGAAUCUAGCUGGAAACGUUUUCUGCUCCUGGGACUUUAAAGUCAGCAAGAUGACGUCUGUCAGAUUGCAGUCUGAGACAAUCAGCACUCAGCUCAAAGAGCUGCUGUCUGAGAUGAUGAGUGGAGAAGAUGAAAAGAGCUGCAUGCAGCGACUCUGCUGCGUCGUGUUGCACAUGGUGGCGUGGGCUAUAUGUCUGGCCAGCAUCUUCCUGGGCACCAUGGCAGUCCACUACUUGUCAGAGGAGUCUAUUACGCAGCGUCCUGUCAAAGAAACUGAGCUGCUGCUCCUGCCUGCAGUGGUGUCGGGCAUUAACCUGUUAGUCCCUGGCCUGUUCAACCUGUGUGCUUGGAUAGAGAAUCAUGACUCCCCCAGCGUUUGCGUCUGUGUCUCCAUCUUCAGGAAUCUGUUUUUGAAGGUCAGUAUUGUUGGAGUGCUGUGUUACCGCUGGCUGGGGAGGAUUGCUGUGGAUCCAGAAAGUCAAAAAUUAAAGUGUUGGGAGAACUUUGUGGGGCAAGAACUGUAUCGUUUGCUCCUGAUGGACUUUGUCUUCACAGUGCUUUACACUUUCCUGGGAGAGUUCCUGUGGAGGCUGUUUUUCAAGCAAGUGCUGAAAAGGAACAGGAUGCCAGUGUUUGACAUUGCUCGUAAUGUGCUGGAACUCAUACACGGACAAACCCUCACUUGGCUCGGGGUUCUGUUUGCUCCAUUGCUUCCUGCAGUCCAGAUCAUCAAACUGUUUGUGUUAUUUUACAUGAAGAAGGGCAGUCUACUGCUCAACUGUCAAGCCUCGAGGAAACCCUGGCGGGCCAGUCAGAUGACGACGCUGUUCGUCUGUCUUUUGUGGUUACCCUCGUUUCUUGGCGCUGCUGUAACUGUCACUUAUACAAUUUGGACGAUUAAACCCUCGCCAGAGUGCGGCCCGUUCAGGAAUCUCACCACAAUGUUUGAGGCGGGGCAGUUGUGGGCCCAGGAGCUGGAGAAAGCUCACUCUCUCCCGUCUUGGCUCAGCUGGGCGUACAACGCUCUGCUGGAGAACCCACUGUUCUUAUUCCUCACCACAGGAGUCUUUCUAAUGGUGAUAUAUUUUCACACUCAUGUUGUUGAUGGCCAAAGGAAAAUCAUCAGUCGGUUAGAAAAGCAAAUUGAAAAUGAGGGUAAAGACAAAAAGUUCCUCAUCAACAAUUUGCAAGCCAUUCAUGAGCGGAGUGGUCUGGUUUCCCCUCAUAGAUAAGCUGAACAACAUGCACACCAUACUGUACCAAUGGAAAGAUGGUAUCUCAUCAGUGACCAGCAUCUUUGCUUUGAUGGAUGGUUAUCAAUAUUAUCAGGAAGGUCACCUACAAGCUGCGAUGAGAACAAAAGUGAAAAGCAAAAGCAAAGACAGUAAAAUGUGUUAUUUUCAAAUAUUUGCCACAAAGUUUGAGUUGUGUGUGUGUACUGGAUGAACACAAACUAAUGCCAGCUGUUGGCACUAUAAUAUAUUUAUAGAUGGAGCUCCUAAUGAAUGCCAGGAUGUACAUUUAUGUGUAGUAUUAGAUUCUGUUCAAGGUUAUGAAUAUGUUGUUUGAAAAUAAAUUUGUUUGAGUACA